AUUUGUCUUUUUACCAUUUAACUAAACCUCAGGGGCACAAAAAUAAAUUAUCAAUGAAGUGUGCACUCAAUUGCAACCUUUUGUGAAGAAGCAACCGGUGACAGGAUAAAAGUGGCCGGUGCAAACCACCGGUUCGGUGCACCAACUCCAUUACCGGCCACACUGAGAAUUAUCGUCUAUCGAGCGAGGAGGAGGAGGAGGAAGAAACUGUUGGUGCUUUCAGUAGCUACCACUUAAAAUAUCGGUUCUUCGUUUUUAUUCCUUCGCACUUUCUUCCUCACAGUCUUUCUCUGCCUCUUCAGUUUUGGUCUUUGAUUGAACUACCAUGAUGGUUCAAGGUUCCUUGGAAGUUUCCUUUACUUGAAAGGUUGAAGUCUGUGUGAACUCUACCCUCUACAGACCCCACGUUUGGUAUUACACUGGGAGUCGUGGAGGAGGAAUUGAGGAUCAGAACUCAGAAUAGCACAUGGAUCAGAAUCUCCUGCAAGAUGCCAAAGAACAUUCCAGUAACAGUUAUGUGCACUUGAAAGAUGCGGAAAACACUCAGUUGGGAAUCUUCGACAGACCUCUUCCUUGCUGUGGUUGUGGAAUAGGAUGGUUUUCCUUUCUACUAGGUUUUGUAUUCCCAUUCAUGUGGUAUUAUGCAACCAUUCUUUACUUUGGGAAUUACUACCAGAAAGAUCCGAGGGAGCGGGCAGGGCUAGCUGCCAAUGCAAUAGCUGCUCUGAUAUUUACUGUAGCAGCUCUAAUUGCAGUUGCCGUGGUUGUGUUGUAGUCAUCUUCUGCUACGUUCUUAUCUAGUAGCUGAUACCCAUAAUCAAGAGAAUUAAGAGGACUCCCCUAUCAAGAAAGUAGCUUCAACGGAGCACGUGUACAGAGAGGUGACCUGCUGGAACAAUGCUGCGGGCUGGGAAAUGGGACAAAAAUAACCUAUCGCAAAGGCUAUGAACAUGUACAGAUAUGUAAUACUAGUGUCCGUUUGUUGUGCUGUCUAUUAGACGAUAAUAUGGCUUGAUCCUGUAAUAUUUUGGUGCAUCAAUCAACUUUAUACACGAGGAACCGCAAAAAAGAUCUGUUUUUCAGUUA